CACAUGGAUAGCAUAAAAGAGAUCCGAGAAAGGAAGAUAAGGAAUAGGUAGAGUGGAGCACAAAGAAGAAAUAACUUGGGAAGUGGGAUUUAAGUUUAACCAAACAAACCCUCAAGAGGGUGCUCACAACAAUUUUAAGAAAUAAAAUAUUCAUAUAAUACCAUGGGAAAUAUAAUUUAAUCAUGUUUACAAAAUUGGUUUACAAACCCAAAGGAUCUAAGUCGAGAGGAUACUUUGCAAACUUUACACCCUAAUUAAAAUAAAAUAAUGAUGAGUGCAUUGGUGGAUCAAAAUAAGAGAAAAACUAAAAGUAACAAUCCCAAUCCCAUAACAUAAAAUUACUUUGAUCAACUACCUCUUAUACACAGUAAAAUCAGUUUAUGAAAUUCCCUUACCAAAUGCAGAGAAAGUGCACCUCUCAUCAUCAUCAGAUACCUCUUAGCGUCAUUCUUAUCUUCUCUUUCUUCAUCCUCACCUUUUCCACCGCUUGCUUCAACGGGAAUUGCCAGCCAUGUUCUGCUGCUACAGAUUGUGGCCCAGGCCUUUAUUGUGGCCAUUGCCCUGGUUUAGGUAGGACUCAACCUGUUUGCACUAGAGGCCAAGCCACUCUUGUAACAUCCAUUGUGAAUGGGUUGCCCUUCAACAAAUACUCAUGGAUCAUGACACAUAAUUCAUUUAGCAUCAUGGAUGCACCUUCUUUGAAUGGCGUUCAAAGACUUACUUUUUACAAUCAAGAAGACACUGUCACUAACCAGUUGAGGAAUGGAGUAAGGGGAUUGAUGUUGGAUAUGUACGACUUCGAGAACGAUAUUUGGCUAUGUCAUUCAUUUCAAGGGCAAUGCUUCAACUUCACUGCAUUUCAACCAGCAAUAAAAACUUUGGAAGAAGUUGAAUCAUUCUUGACUGAAAAUCCGAUGGAGAUUGUCACCAUUGUAAUUGAAGACUAUGUGCGCACGCCAAAUGCGUUGAUUAAUCUAUUCAGAAAUGCUGGUCUGGACAAAUAUUGGUUCCCUUUGUCUGAUAUGCCAAAAGGGGGCGAAGAUUGGCCUACUAUAACGCAGAUGGUUCAAGAAAAUCGCCGACUUCUUGUUUUCACUUCUGAUGCUUCAAAGGAAGCUGAAGAAGGAAUAGCUUAUCAGUGGAGAUACAUGGUUGAAAAUGAGUCUGGAGAUCCUGGAGUUCAACGAGGUUCUUGUCCCCAUAGAAAAGAAUCAAAGCCGCUGAAUUCAAGAAGUGCAUCACUUUUCUUGCAGAAUUACUUUCCAACAUAUCCGGUCGAAGCUGACUCAUGCAGAGAGAAUUCAGGUCCGCUUGCAGAUAUGGUGAAUACAUGUUACAAAAAUGCAGGGAAUAUGCUGCCUAACUUCAUAGCAGUUAAUUUUUACAUGAGGAGUAAUGGUGGUGGUGUUUUUGACAUUGUGGAUAGAAUUAAUGGCCAUACAUUGUGUGGGUGCAGCACAAUCACUACUUGCCAGGAGGGAGCACCUUUUGGAUCUUGCAAGAACAUUUCGGUACCAAGUUUAAGUCCGAUGACCAACACUGCUGGAAGCUUUACUGGUUCUGUUCAGUUUUCAAGAAGAUCAACAUCACCACUCCAUUCUCCGAAUUGCUCACUUUUCCUUUUGUUUUACUUCCUGCUUACUGCAGUUUUGUUGCAAUUUCCAUGAGUAUUAUUGUAUAUCAUAUGCAAGCUUCAUGAUUCUGGUAUUGUCAUAUUUGCAUAUCAUAUGCGAGAUAGUCUCUUAAGAGGGGCUUUUAGUAUCUUAGUAUGUAUAAUGGAUUAUUGCCUCAAUCUUGAAAUGUCAUGGAACUGUUUAGAGGUUAGAAAAUUAUGUAACAAAAAUUCAGAACAGAAGAGGCUAUAAUCAAGAAUCUGAGAAGUCAUCUGAGGUAGAUAGAAAAUAACCAAGAGAAACCAAGAAUAUAUCCGGAGCAGUUCAGGUUUUGUACCAAGACAUCAUUACUCAACAACAUAAUCAGGAUUGUUGGAAACUCUUGGUCAAGGUUAUGAUUGAAACCCAACAAUUCUUACCAUAUUCCUUCCUAAUACCUGGUAUCUCGCACAAGUGGUUGUCUCAUACAUUUUUACCAUGGAGCACUGGUCUUUUAGUUUAUAGGGAAACAUGUGUGAGAUUUGCAUUAUUUUUAAAUGAGGGCAUCAGGUAGAUUUGUCCUUAGACUGUAAAUUUAGUGUAAUCCUGCUUUAUGACUUAUUUUGUGAACUAAAAAUGUUUACAACAAUAACAACUUGAUAGAGUCCAAAAUACAAAGUUAUGAACCGAAA